AAUCUUGAUCAAAAUUUCAAAUAUUGUAUAUUGUACACAUUUAGCACAUUUUGCAUAUUGUCUUUACUUUCUGUACUGAAACUGAGAAAAAAAAAUAAAUUAAAUAUUUACAUAUAUUAUUGAACUCAUAUAUUAUAAGUUACAGAAACUUUAAUUACUAUAAAAUGUUGAAUCCUGAUCUAAAUUCAAAAUUGAAUGAGCAAUCAAAAGAUAUUGAUGAUCUUACCAUCGCCAUUCAAAAUUUUAUCAGAGAAGCACAAGAGCUAGUGGACAUCAUUCCGUCAGACGACAAGUGUGAUGAACAAGUUAAUGGAGCGAUGCAAUCUGAAAAAGCAGCUUCAAAAGUUUCCAAUAAACGCAGUCGAAUUUAUGAUUAUGCUUUAGAAAGAUACGAAUACAUAAUUAAAGAACUAAAAUUGCUUCAUUUAUAUAAUGAUCAACAAUAUGCACCAAUAGUGCAAAAAACUAGCAAUAGCAAUAGAAAUAAUAAAGAGACAACGGAUUCAAACAUUUCAUCUAAUUACAAUAGCACGAAACAUUACGCUGAAAAAGAAUAUGUUGAAAAUACUACAAGAAAUAUUAAUAUGGGACAAAUGGCACAGGUUCCUAGCGUUGAAAAUUUAAACACAGUUCAAAACCUUCUGCACUCCCAUAUGAACGCUGAACAUAUACGCACAGUUCACAAUCAUCUACAUUCCUAUAUGAAUAAUAAACAUACCAGUGAUAUAAUUACAUAUGUAAAUUAUCAACAACAAGCACCCGCAGAAUAUAUUGAUAUAAGCCAACUGCCAGGACUUCCUGGUUUUGAACAUCUAAAUACUGUUCGAACCUUUUUACAUUCCAAUAUGUACAGCGAACAUACCGAAGGUGAAUUAUAUGCAAAUAUAAACAAUCAGCAAGAGAUUCGUCCAGAGAAUAUUGAUAUAAGUCAACUGCCAGAACUUCGUGGUUUCGAACAUCUGAACACAGUUCAAAACUUUCGGCAUUUUGAUAUGUAUAAUAAGCAUACUGAAGAUGUUGAUUACUUCUAUAACCAACAAGAAGUUCCUGCAGAAAAUACUGAUAUAUACCAACAGGCAGAAAUUCUUAACUUUCACCAAUCAAACGCACAUCAAAACUUCCACCAGUUUUGUAUGUAUGAUGAAAGAAGACAUGAAACCAAAGAGGAAUUCUUAUCAAAUGGAAAUGAUCAAUUGGGAGUACCUGCAUUAAAGUUCACAGGUGAAGAUGUAUUGGGUACAUGUAACAAUAACGAUAAAUUGGUGGAAGAUGCAUUCUUGUCAUAUAUAAAUACUAAACAAGACGAGACUUCUUGUGAGUGCUCAAUUCAAGCAGAAGUAGAUAGAAAUAAAAAUAACAAGAAAAAUGUAAAGCAGGCAUUUUUAACUACUGAAAAUAACCAGGAUGUCCCAACAGUGAACGGUAUGGAUAGAAAAAAGAAUUUUAAAAUUACAGAGGCAAAAAGCUUCGACAUUCAUUCAAAUGGACGUUUCGGUAAUAAGCCGGAGGUGGGGGUUCCACUGGAUGAGACUAUUGUCAUCGAAGAUUUUGCUAAAAAAGUAGAGGUAAAAGUUACAGUGAAUGAAACUGAUGUCAAAGAUGGUGUUGCAAAAAAACUAGAGUUAGAUGUUACUCUGGAUGAAACUGAUAUCAUCGAAGAUAUUGCAACAAAACUAGAUGAUCUAGUGAACAAUCUUAGUUCACUAAAGUUCGCUUCUCAGUGAGUAAAAUUAUUUCAAAUGCUCAAAAAACCAAUGGACUAAUAAUAAUAAUGGUAAAAGAAC